UCUUGUGUAGACAUUCUCCAGGGUGAUGAAGAAGAUGUAGUUAGUCGGCCUGAAAAUACAUAACGUCGUUCGUUCGAUUUAAAACAAAAAUUGUGUGAACCGGGGACGAAACUCACAAUGGCCGGUAUAAGGAGAGUUAACGGGAAACUAUCGGGAAUUAGCCCAGCUGUCAGUUGCUGUCGCCUACGUCAGGUUCAGUCUCUGCUCUGUGAGGGAGGCAUUGCCACUCCUGAUGGCAUCCUGUGCUCUCUCGGAAUUGACAGCAGAUAUAAUGUGGGGUGCACUGAGCUAGCAAAAUACCUGUUCUAUGGACUAUAUGGAAGAAAUGCCCUGAUUCUUCAACAUGACCUAGAUGAGUUUCCUGAUGAAAUGCUGGAUGAUGUAAUCCUGCUUAUCAAGGCAGAUUGUGUCCAUCUGUACUGCAACCCAAUGAACUACAGUUACCUGUUGCCCUACGUGUCCCACUGGAGGAACCUGCAUCUCUACUGCAUGACAGAGGCGGAGUAUGAAGAUGAAGAAGCAGCAGAAGAAUUCAAAAUUUCCAGUUUUGUCACAAUGGUGCAGGACUGCUAUCGUAUUGGAGUACCUCACAGCUGCCAGGGACACAUCCAGAGGUUUGACAUGUUUAUGGUGGAAAAGUGGCCCCUGAUUCAAGCAUUUGCCCUGGAAGGCAUUGGUAGAGGGAGCUUUUUCACCAUGAAAUACAAGCUAAUGGACAUGAGUGAGAAUCUAUGGCAGGUUUACAACAGACUCGACCCAGUGUCUCUGGAUAUUCUGCUCACAGAGGACUUGGUGAACUUUGAGAAGCAGUGGAGUAGCUUUUUCUCCAGCAUGGACCUGGAGAGCCAUCUGUCCAUCUUGGAGCUAUCUGAGGCUCAGGCAGGAGAGGCAUUCCGUACGUAUUACUCUCAUGGACUGAUCUCAAGCAACAUCACAGAUAAAAGUAAAAGUCAGCAGCCCUUCGUGUUGUUUGGAAAGCAUUCGUCCUCAGAGGAUUUGGAGGGUUAUUCGUUCAACUUUGCCUCAGAGAGUCAUCAGGUCCGCAACACAGGAGCUGAGGGGUCUGCAGCCAGACACAUGAUUCUGCAGUGUGUGUCUCCCAAAGGACCCCUAGCCUGCUCUCGAACCUAUUUCUUUGGGACCACCCACUCUCCAUACCUUGGAAAUCAAAACACAGAGAAAAAGAGAACAGACGUCUUACUUUUGUCACAGAUCUAUUCGGCUGCUGUUCAAGCAGUCCUGUCAGGAAUCAAAUGCUACUCCUUUACCUCCAGCGCUACCAAGGCCAAGGAUGUAGCAGAGAACACGUUUCUAGUGGCUUUGGACUCAAUGAAUUUAAGUCGGUACCGGAGUUCUCUCAGGUCCAAAUGUGAAUUCAGCAUACAAGCAGUGAAUAUGCAAGGAAGGAUCAUUCCUCUGACUGAUAAAGACAGCCGUUACGUAGUAAAAACAGCCUCCAUGAAUGUCCAUGACAUUCCAGACCUGCAGUGGGACGGGGGCGACCUGGGCUCUGUGGUCUUCUCUGAAUCAUUCUUGGAGUCCAGCAUCAACAUUCAACAGAAAGAUGGCACUGUGUCCUCAGACAGCUGCUACACCAUCCUGACUACAACUGUGCCUCGAUACGCCUGCUGGCUGAUGGAAUCUGAUUUCAAGCAAUCUGAGCAAGCCCAACAUCUUGCAAAGAAAGAGGAAGGCACUUGUCUGGGAACUGCUCUGACUGCACCAGAUGCUGCAUAUGUGUUCUCCAGCAGCCAGCUCUCCACACCUGAAGAAGGAAAAAUCAUUUUCCUCUCUGAGGGACUCCUGUUUAUCCAUUCUCAAUAUGGGAGCAUUACACUGUCCAAGGAUCACAUCAGCACCAUCAAGUUCUAUGAUCCGGACUCCAGCGCUGUGGCAUCUCUCCUCGUGGAGUAUGACAGCAGCCUGCUCCCCAACCUUCCGUUCCCUCUCCACAGCGCCGACCACUGUCUGGUGUUUGCUCUUCAGCCCAGGUCUAAGAGCCACAGGGCCUUCUAUUCCAAGGUUUUGUCAGUGUGGCGAAAAUCUGAAUCUGGACUUAAUCUGCAAAUGGUGGACCAAAAGCACCUGACCUGGAACCAGAAAACCAUGCACAACAGACUGCAGAAGCUCCAUGACAGUCAGGAGCCACCAGUGGCCAAACGCAGGGGCAGCCUGAAGACUUCAUACUCCCAGCUGCCAGAGCAGGAAAUGUUUCUUCAGCACUUUGCCUUGAGUAGUAUCGGUCAGGAGCCCAUUCUUUAUGACCACCUGGGGGUGCUCUUCCCCUCUGCAGAGCUGAGGAAUCCAGUCAACAGUCAGGGAGACAAGGUUGUUAUAACCAUCAUUACUGGAUUACCGGGAAGCCAUAAGAAAAGACUCUGCAAUUUCCUGGUCCAGUUAAACAAGGAACAUGGAAGGUGGGUGGUGUACAAGCCUGGUCCUGACAACUGUGAGGGCUUCUCAGCCUCUCACCUUCAGCAGUAUUUGUCCAGCUUCCUGCAGAGCCAUGGAGGCAAACACCGUCUGUUGGUGCUCUCACCUGGAUACACAGAUGUUCUGGAUGUGGUCCAGGCUGUGCUUUUCCACCCUGACCCAGUUGUCCAAGCGCGUUUCACCAUCGGCGCUGUCACUGCUUGUGUGGACCCCCUGGCCUCUUGCGUGGAGCACAGGUUUGCAUUUCCUAAACUGUUGGAGCAGUGCAGCCAAGGUAUUGUGAGUACAGUGGUGUUCACCGGGCUGACAGCAGAGCAGAAGCACCCUCUCAUGCAGCAUGUUCAGCAGUUGGUACGCUCCGCCAACCCCACCGCUGCCUUCAUACUGGCAGAGAGAGGAGCUGUCACCAGGAAUGAAGAUGUGAAUCUGAUAUUUUUGGAUAGCAGCUUCAGUGAGCCACAGAUGCUGAGAGCACGUUACGUCCUCUACCCUGGAUGGUGCAAGGGGCGCUUCAUCUCCGGUUGUGGGUCUCUGGUCCUCACCCAGCAGCGCGUGGCUUUCAACCGCCCCCUAGAGAGGCCUCUAUUUGUCACCCGCUGUAAAGCACUCAAGGCAUCACUAAGCCCAAGCCCCUUCCGAGGAAACGUGUACAAUGUUUGGGGAAAAGUCCGAUUUUCUGACUCAGACAAGCUGAUGGAGGUGAGCUACAACACAUUGAGCGGGAGCCUCAGCAUCGUCCCAGACCACAGCGCUGACCCUCUGACCCCGGGCCCCGGAGAGACCAACGCGUCCUGCGUCCUGAUCUUUGAUGGCGUCGGCCUCACUGAGGACGGACUGAAGGACUGGCUCAGGCUGUGUGCCAAGCAGAGGCAGAAAAAGAAACCUAAGAAGACUAAAAACAGCCUUUCACCACAAGAAAUCAAGAGCAUACACGUGACCAGGCACCUGGACCGACUCCCACAAGGCUACUUCUACAACGGUCAUAAAUAUGUUGACAUCUUUGGAGAAAAACUGAACUUCCAUCCCUACAUGGAAGACUUUAUCACGGAGUACCUCGCCGAGGCCAACCAAGAGGUCGAGCUAUUCAACCGUCAGCUGGAGCUGCAGGGACAGCCUGACCUGUUUGAUCCGUGAUAGAAUCUGCCCGUAUGUCCACUGCCUCCAUUGGUCUUAUUUGAACUCUUAAGGGAACCACUGUGGGAGGGAUAGGGAGGGCACAGGGCUCAUGCACUGAACACUCUGCCAGAAUGGUCAAUGUGUGGUCGCACCACAUGAAGCUGCUGCUAGAAGCCCAUUCAUUAUUGACGUACUGAGUCACUUUGUUUCCUAAUUUGGUGGCAUUAAAAAGGUUGAGUGCAGAUGAGCUUUUAAACAAUUACAUCACCCAUAAAUACAAUAAUAAGUAGGCAUGGCAAGGCGGUUUGCCUUAUUCCCUUCGGUAACACCACUAACUGUACAGUUAGCAGUUAGGCAUCAUAUUUAUCAAGUGAAUGCGACACCUUAAAUUAAGACCCGCUAGCCAAGAGAUUAGAGUUGAGCACAACUGCGGACAAAUCUGAAACAUAACGCAACACAAGACUCCAUCUUUAAACCAGUGCGAUUACGCCACUAAGCCUGCAAGCGAUGAGACUUUCACAAUCGGGGGGAAUUUCCGACCGCACGCUCCCGUCAGCCCUGUGCGUUUUCUGUUUAUCACAGUUGGCAAAUUAAUGCCUCUAUUUCUGGAUAGGCAUGGAUGGCCGUGUGAUUCUGGUGGGCUCCCCGGUGGGGUUUCUCAAGAAUCGCUCCUCCUCUGUUGUCACCCAAUCCACGGCCCACCUGUUAUCUUGUCUCCGUGCCACGCUGCAAGCAGAGGGAGCGCUUGGCCAUGAAGCUGUAAACAUUAGACAGCCUGCUGGCUGCAGACAACUGAUGGACAAUGCCAUUAAUCACAUAGCUAAACGCCAUCCCAGUGCUUUAUUUUAAGACUCAUAAAGUGAAUCUAAUGAAAUUGCAAUAAAGCAGACCUCCGUCCUUGCAGCAAAGCGUUGUCGUUGCCAAACAGCUGAGGUCAUCAAGUACACAUUGAAGCACUGAGCUGACACUUCCAACAUGACCUUAAAGCUCUCGAUUCUGGUUAUUUGUUUUUUUUAUAAUGCUGCUAGUUAACGGUGAGAAACCAGGGAGAAAGUUAAGCGAAGCCUCACGGCAGCCUGGUGUGGAUCACUCAUUCCAUCAUUUUGGUCAAAAUGUUCAUUUGUGGUGUCAACAUAGUUUUUUAUCUUUUUGGGUAGGACAAGGGGGGAAAUGAGAUAAUCCUGGGAAUGUUAGGGUUAACAUGAGUUGAGCCUUUAGCGACGGGUUAUAAGGCCUUGUAUCAGCGUUGUGAUGUCACACUAAUAUUCUAUGCAUGUCUUCCUCUCAUCAGGGGUUUCCAAGUUAGUUCGGAAAGCCGUGGGGAAUUUCCGCGGCAAAAUCUGCGUCGUCAUUUGUGCAGCUGCACAUUUGGGCCGCGUGACACCACUUUGUGAUAUCUGCGUUUCAAAGUAAAAGCGCGGUAAACAAGUGGAGUUUUUAAAAGCUGAGGCGUGUAGGAACCCUGCUACAAGCUCGGGAGCUUUGACGGCUUUCAUUCCUUACGGGGUCAGCAGUGUAGCAUGAAGCCUAAUCCACUAGUUUUGGGUGCUAACUUUGUCUCGACCAAAUUAAUUUUAGCGCACAUAGAGUAUGUGCAUAUGCUGCUGCUGCUACAACAGUACGAUAUAUUGCAUUGGCCUUUGUGCACUGUACCCCAAAAAAUAUAAAGAAACGGCCUGUAUUCACCGAGUACGAGAUUCUCACCGCGUCAGAUAAGAGAGGAAGGGUGUUUCCGUUAAGAGGGUCAUGUAAUUCGUGCUUGCAGUGCUUGUUUUUUGGUUCCUAUCUCGGAUAUUAUUAGAUCAGUGUUGCCUGUCACAGCGCUGGCUGUGUCGUGCUUUGCAUGUCUGGCUAUCGGCGCUGUCAACAGCCAGUAAAAAGAACCAAUGAUUUAGUUUUAGAGUGCUAACAUCGUUAGGCAAGUUCUUUAUUGUGAUUCAAACAAUCCUGAACCUGAACUCACCGACACUGCUGGCCCCAUCCGUCCUCUCGGCGGAGUCCGCUUUGAUCCAAACAAGCCAUACCGUCUCAUGCUAGAUGUGCCACUGUCUUUUAGAAGCAUAAUACGAUGCAUAGAGUAGCACAUGGCAGUGCAGUGUGCCUCCAACACGUAUUACCCGGCAUGUUCCGGCCAGCAACAGAGAGGAGGAGCUCACCCGAAGUUACUCAUUCCUCUCUUUCACUCCUUCUCUUUUACCCUAUAAAAGAAGUGCAAUUGUACCUGGUGUUUUUAUAUAUAUAUAUAUAUAUGGAACCUACAGUACCCUCAAGAAGCUCUUUAAGGACCGAGCUAACAAACGAGCUGCUAAAUUCUCUGUCUCUCACAGCUUGUCCUCUGUGGUCCGCUGGAUUCUGGCUUUGAGAGCUUGUCGCUCGCGAAACACCAUAAAUGACAACGUAAUGCAGCAAACGGAUUACAGUGUUAUGCUGUUUAAAAAAAAAAAAAAAAAAAAAAAAAAAACUGGACCACGAUAAUACGUAACAUUAAUCCUUUGUUGACAAAAUGAUGACUGGUUGCUCUGUUGAAGGUUUCGGGGAUGCACUCUGUUGUGAGCAACAGUUGCUGUGGACCUGAGGUUACGUAAUACUGCAGAGAGUUCCCCAGAUUGACAGGGAAAUAGUUGCCAGGCUGACGUUUGGGAGACAGAAGGUUCCACAACUUUGAAACCUGCCGCACGCGCCAAAGAAGCAGGAAAGCGGAAACUAUAUUUGACCGAGAGAUCAAAGGGGAGUCCUUAAAGAGCUGAGGGUUAUGUAAGACGUUUGUGAUAUUUAAAUGAAAUUACCACUAACACGUAUACAGUAUACGACUACUACUACAAGUACGUCCACACUAUUUUGCAUGUGUUGAGAUGUCACGUGAGUAUGAUACACGCGCGUAUAUUCCGACAAAAUUGCCUUUCACCAGACUGGUACAACAAAGAGAAAAUAAUCACGUUUAUUUUAAAUAUCUGCUGAGAAAUUUGAAUUACCUCGAACACGACAAAUAGUAUUUUUGUAAGACUGUGAAUUGAGAAUCCUAGACGCAAGCAAAACAUCUUCUUUUAGGAAAGAAAAGAAACAAAAGUACUCAAAAGAGAAUCCGAUCGGUUGUGAGACGUCGGGUUUCUCCGAUCCAGCAGUGCCUCGGCUCCGGCUAAGAGAAGCAGAGAUUAAAGCUGCAUUCAGAGCCUCCAUCCCGCUCCCCGCCACACGGGUGCGAGGUGUUGUCCGGCGAGUGUUGGUGAAAGGAAUCCAUAGAGUUGUUCUUUAAUGCAAUGUGUUUUUACUAAGUGAGAGGGUAAUGUAGGCGAUGUCACACGAGGGGGGGAGGCCGCUGGAGGGCUCCGGGCGAUUCAGGUAUUCCUGCAAACUAACCAAAAAAGAUGUUGGCACACGGGCUGGGUACCACUGAGAAUACUGAAACUAGUACAUGCUUCAAUUGUAUACGUACGACUAUUUUUAACGUUGAGGUGCAUUACUGUCAAUGUAUCCUUUUCACAUCAAUAACAGUAUCUUAAAUAAUGGGAAAUACAGAUCUAUUUUUGUAUGCCCAGCCCUAGUUGGUACAGAAAUCUUGACGUUUUGUAUCAGAGUGCGAACAAAACAAAACGAGGAUUGAGUUUGUUGGGUGACCCCCACUUAUAUUGCAUAAUGUGGGGGGGCCCCAAAGAGCCCUCCACAAGCCUCUCAGUGUGACCGCUACGCAGCCCUCUGGCAAACUGAGCACCUGGUGUCUUCAUCCGGAGGCGAGUUACAGCUGCAGCUGAAGUUAUAGGACAAAAACAAAGUUUGGUGUUAAUUGGUUUUAUAUAAGGGUGG